AUGUUCAAGAAACGAAGGAUCAAGGGAGGGACAACUGCAUCUAAACGCCAGAAAAUCGUACAGACGAAGUCCGAAGUGUUGCAGCUACCAUCGUUGGAAAAAUAUGGGCUUAACGGUAACAAAUCUGACUCAGCUGUUGACGAAACCUCAUUAGAACCGAGCCUCGACCACAAUAGCGAUGAUGAGAAAGGCUUCAGUGGCGACACAGACACAAAUACGAAAAGUACGCUAGGCCAUAAUUCUGACCUGGCUGCCAUCGGGGUUGAGUUAUUGGACGAUAAGCCUGCGACUUCGAUCUCGAAUGAUCUAAAUCCCACAAAAAAUUCACACUCUGAUAUGAAAACCACGCUAUACAUGGACUAUCAACCAGACGUUUGUAAGGAUUUCAAACAAACCGGGUUUUGUGGCUAUGGGGAUAGUUGUAAGUUCCUGCAUAUACGAGAUGACUUCAAGACGGGGUGGAAACUAAACCAAGAAUGGAAAGUUGAUCUUUCUAGAGAAGACAUCAAACAGCUCGAAGACGUUCCGUUUAAAUGUCUCAUUUGCAAACAGGAUUAUAAAUUUCCUGUGGUAACUAAUUGUGGUCAUUAUUUCUGCAGCGCUUGUUUUAUGAACAGGGCCAAAAAAACUACAAAAUGCUAUGUUUGUUCGGAGGACACUCAUGGGGUGGCUCGAAGCGCCAAAAAUCUGGCUAGUAUAUUGAAGAAACAGCCUACGUGA